AUGGAAGUCGACCUUUGCUUCGUUUUAGACUGCACUGCAUCUAUGGAAUCACACAUUGCUGCUGUCAAAAAAUGUAUCGUAAAAGUAACAGAUUACGUUGCUUCUGUAAACCGCGGCAUUAAAAUUUGGGUCGGGUUUUGUGGUUACCGAGACUUUUCUGAAGGAUCUGACCGCUUGAUGGUUUUCGACUUUACCGAUUCAUAUGCAACGUUCAAAGCGUAUGUAGCCAAAGUGACAGCAAUGGGCGGUGGUGAUGAACCGGAAGACGUUUUUGGUGGUCUCGAUGCAGCUAUAAAGACAAUGAGCUGGCAACAUGGCACACGCAUCAUCCUUCACAUUGGUGACUGUCCGCCACAUGGACGCCGUUUUAGUAACCUAGGCGAUUCGUACCCUGAUGGCGAUCCAAAUGGAUUAACGGCAGAAACUGUGCUAGAACGCAUGGAGCGAGAAAACAUUCUUUAUUUUUUCGGAAAAAUUACGAAUCACACGUCCAGGAUGGUUGCAAUUUUCCGUAAAAUAAUUGGUGAAUUUCCGGUGUUUGAUUUUGAAAAGUGCGAUGCUACUGCUAUGGUUAACAAAUUUUACAAAGCUGCCAUUUCGGCCAUAACUAGUUCUGUUUCGUUAACUAGUACAAUAGGCAGCGAUGCCAGGGACAUAUACACUAUGCAACGUGAAAGACUCGAAAUGAAUCCAGAUGAGCCUAAUUGGUAUAAUUAUAAACCACAAAAUGGAAUAGUCUUGUGGUAUCGUCCUCCCAAUAGCUUGGCCGAUCUUAAGAACCGUAAAUAUUUCAACAAACCAAACAUUCUUUAUCGUAAUUUUGUUUACAAGAUUUCACCACAGCCAUUUUCUUCCGGUGCUGAAAAGUAUGCAUACUAUGGUCUCGAUUGCAAGACACCACCAUCAAAGAAAAUUGUGAUCAAAGAAUAUCUUAAACUUGGUGGAGGAGCUAAAAGGUACCUUGAAGUAGCAGAGGUCUCUAUUGUUGCAUAUUAUCUUGCCACAAAAUUUAAUGAAGCCGCAAGUCAAAUCACGAACAAGCAAGUAAACUUUUUAAAAGUAAACGUUUUACGUAGUUCAGUUGACGAUAGGAUUCGAUAUUACGCCGUUGAAGAGAGACUUAAAUAUGGCGCGUAUAAACGGUUCAACGUAAACAGUGGAGUAAUCACGGAAUUUCGUCCCGUCCUCGAAGCUUUCGCUCAUUUCACAUACACGUAUACUGAUAAAUAUUUAGUGGUUUAUGACCUUCAAGGAGUUGAAAAUUUGAACCAGUUCUUGCUAACAGAUCCCGCAAUACAUUGUGUUGAUUCACUAAGAUUUGGAAGGACGAAUUUAGGCGAAAAGGGAAUAAACGAGUGUUUUUUGGCGAAUCACGAGUGUAAUGAUAUUUGUAGAAAGUUGAAAUUAGAUAGCUAG